AUGGUUCAUGAAGAAAUCUCUCGCCUUCUUGAGGUUGAAAAAACCCUGGAAGAGCAGCUGAAAGUCAACGCUGAACAGAAGCAGAGACUGAAGGUGCUGCAGCAGACGAUCCAUGAGCGAGACGCCAAAGUCAAUGAGCUCGAGGAGGUCUUGGAGCAGAGAGACGCCCUUAUCCACUUCGGCAAAGAUCUGCUCCAGAAAAAGGACAAAGAGGCCCAGGAUCUGGCUCGGGAGGUCCGCAACGAGGUCAACGCCUACGUCUGGAACCUCCUGAAGGACAAGAUGGACCUUCAGAAUCACUGCAAGGACUUGGAGGAAAACCAGGCCUAUCUGCAAGACCAGCUGGACCAAGCAGACCAGCAACAUCUGCAAAAUGAGAUUCGAAAUGUGAAACUCGAGGCUGAAAUGUCCAACAUGAAAAAUGAACUCAAGCAGCAGAAACUGGAACUUACACACAGAGUUCAAGAGAAAAACUCCCUGCAGAAAAAAGUAGAUGAACUGAAGGAGUACUUGGAGCAAAGAGACACCCUCAUCGACUUUGGGAAAGACCUGCUCAAGAAAAAGGACAAAGUGUUCAAGGAUCUGGUCCAAGAGGCUCGCAACAAGGUCAACGAAUAUGUGGGAGGCCUCUAUGAGAAUAACAUUUAUAUGAAGAUGCAGAUUGACGACAUCGAGAACGCCACAGUUUGUCUGCAACAACAACUGGACGAAGCAGAGCAGCAACAUUUAGAAGAUGAGGAAACAAUUACGAAACUGGAAUCUGAACUUGCAAAGUCCAAGAAGAACCUAGAGCAGCAGCUGGACGAGUUAGAAAACUACCGCAUCGAAGAGGCGCUUAAAAACCUGAAGAUUGCAGAUAAACUUAAAGAGACAAAAACAAAACUGAAAGAGUUUGAAGCCGAGAACGAGGCCCUGAAAACCCGUCUACAACAGGCUGACAGAGACAAAGAGACCAAAGGCGAAAAUAAGGAAGAGCAGGACAAGAAGAAGACGAAGAAGAAGCAGAGGAGCUUGUGGAAGUGUUGGGAGUAA